AUGCCUGGUAAACAGGUGCGACGCACUGCGUUUUCAGCAGUUUUGUUGGUGGCCGCGGCGGCACUCGGUGCCUCGCGAGAUCCCACAGGGGAUGUGCCGGAAGUGAAUGUGACUUGGGAAGCCCUACCGAGAGCCGGGUGUGUUCACGCCACCGUACCUAGUCAAUCUGAGGCUCCAGGUGAACAGCAGUCGUCCCCAUUGGUGAAAGAAGAGGAGAAGAACGAGCAGCGAGAGGACGAGGACGGCGAAGAGGAAGAACAAGGCAGCUUGGACGUGCUAGAGGAGUUGGCCGUGCUGCGGCGUGAAAUUGAUGCGCGCACAAACCCCCCGGGGCUAAAGCGUGGCUUGGCAGGUCUUAUUGCGGCCGUUGCCGUGCUUGCGGCCCGGAACCGAUUCCCGCGGUUAUUCCCAAGAACCGCAUCCCUUUUUGUGGCACUGCCGGCAGCGCUUUUCAGUGCAGUGUUUUUGAGCAAAUACUUCUCGCAUGGCCGUCGAAUGAGGAACCCGCCGAAAACCUUCAUGGAUGAAAUAAAAGCCCGUGUGCCGUUUAGCGGCUAUGGGCAAGAGAAAUCGAACAAGAAGAAAAAGGGGAAAAAAGCCUCUCGCAAGCACGAAAGAAAUUGA